GUGCUCAACAACCACAAGUACUUGUGGAAUGACGCGAGGACCAGCGUCACGCUGUCUAAGGUCGAGCACAAUCGCCAGCAGCUCAUCUCCAACCCUGAUCAGGUCCAAGAAGAAGGGGGUCUCCCUCCGGUUCCGCAUAACCCCUUCAAGCGCACGCGCGGGGGCAAGAAGAAGAAGCGAUUGCAGACAGCGGGAAAGGAGGAGACGCCCAAGAAGGUCGCCAAGGAGGACCCGAAUAAGAAACCAAAGCGGGACGAUCGAAUUCCCGAGAAGGAGUGGAAAUUGAUUGCCGAUGCAGCGAAAAAGGUUCAAGGUGAGCGCAGGGCUUAUGUUCCAGGAGAGCUGGUGUACUUCUGGUCGCCCAAGGGGAACAAGGGCCGUUACCGCAAGGAUGUUGGAUGUUGGCGUGGACCGGGCGUUGUCUUGGUGCCUGAUGGACACGAACGCUACUUUGUGUCCUGGCGGGCGCGCUUCUUACUCUUGGCCUCGGCAAACCUCAAAGGAGCUGGUCAGGAGACAGCGGCAGACCAGCAGCCAGCUUCGGUGGAAGGAGAUGCAGGCGGAGAUGGAGAAAGGUUCUGGCCACAAGCCGAGGAGAGCCGUAACCGGAACAGGACAAAGCCCGCCGUCUUCUUGGAAAGCGUGCUCAGCGAGAACCGCCCCAAGAUGAAGCAGAACAACCAGAACAACCUCUUCCACUGGGGCCUCGUGUCGAUGAUGUUCAAGACCAGAGUCGUGAAGCUCCACCGGGUCAUCUUCAAGAUCUAUGGGAUCAAGCUCCACCAGCUGCGCGUGAAGCUGAACCCAGGUGGUGCUGGCGAAGCGUCCCAGGAAGUCUCCACAAAGCGUUUGCGUACCAACGACAUGGUCAACUUCGUCUUGACCUCGGUGAGUGGGAUUGAGCUUGGUGUCUUGUCGCCGGAGGCUGCCUUGAACAACGAGUGGCUCAAGAAAGGAAGCAUCUUCAAAGGCCUGGUCCUAGAGGGAAGGAAGGGGCGCAUCACCCUGAUGAUUGGGCAGGACCCGCAGCAGGUUUUGAUUGCGGAGGAAAAGCCAGAAGAUGUGUUCGCCGAGGAGACCUGUGAAGGUGCCGAACCAAGAAGUUGUCCACGCUGCCUGGCCUUUGCCGAUGUUCGGGACAACAUCCUCAGCAGCCACGCCUUUCUCCUGAAGAUGAAGGCCAAUGGCAAGGAGCUCGACCCACGGUUCUUUGACGAGACGGAGCGCCGGGCCUUUGACAAGUCUGAUCAGAAGGAGUGGCAGGCCUGGCUCGACAACCAUGUCAUCGAGCAGUUGGGGCCUGAUGCUGCGAGAAAGGUUCCUCAGGCACGGAUUUUCAAAGUCCCGGCCCGGGUGGUGAGAACGAACAAGGCUGCAGCUGGAUGCAAGGACUUACUUGCGAAGUCCCGCCUCGUGCUCCCCGGUCAUAUGGACCCAGACGUGUUGCAAGGUGGUCUCAGGAAAGAGCGUGGCUCGAGACCUCUGCUCUACUGCCGUCCCCCUCGAGACCUGUCUGGAAUGGGAGCUGUGGUCCUGUGGCGCAUUCUUAAGAGUGCCUAUGGACCGGCGGAAGCGCCGAGGCUAUGGUACAUGCAGGCCAAGGACCUCUUGACGAAGUGCGGCUUCAUCGAGGUGCCCUUUGCUCCCGCCACGUUCGUGAAGCUCCGGACUGAAAAGGGGCAGGCGAUUACGGUGGCCAUCCUCUGUCUGUGUGUGGACGAUGGCUUCCUUGCCGUUGAGGAUGGCAGAGAGGCUUUGGAAACCCAGAAGGUCAUCGACAACCGCUUCUCCAUCAAGGAGUGGAUUGAGAUCAACGAGAAGCCUGUGACCUACCUGGGGAUGAAGAUUUCCAUCAAGCAGGGCAUGUUCGUGAACGACAUGACUUCAGGAGGUGGACGUGCUUGGUCUCAAAGAGUUCCGCCGGCUGAUUGCUCGAAUCCGCUGGUCCACUGGCCUGUCCACCUCGUGCUCCCCGAGCUCUUGUGCCAGGUGAGCCUGCUGGCUCAAAAGGUGAGCCAUGCCACGUGGAACGAUCUGAAAGAGGCGAACAAGCUGUUGUCCUCUUGGCCACGGCUGGAAAAGCUAAGACUUGGCCGCACAAAGAGGAGAGGUUCAUUUCUUGGUGGAGCCCGACGUCCUGAAGAAGGCAAAGGCAACCUCCUCGAGUUCCACAGCAACAAGAUCAGCAGAGUGGUUCGGAGCAGUAUGGCCGCCGAGUGCUGUUCUAUGUCAUCCAGCGCGGACCGCUUGGUGUGCAACAUGAAGUUGUGGGACGCACUGCACUACGGAGCACUCGUCACAUCUUCGACGUGGCGGUGCGAGAUCAAGACGCAGGGCCACCUUGUCACCGAUGCGCGGAGCCUCUUCGACCACGUACACGGCUCAAAUCAGCUGCCUGCAGAGAGACAGACCAGCCUCGACAUCUCUGGCAUCCGCCAGAUGGUCCAGGAACAGCUAGUGGCUCUACAUUGGGUACCAACGUGGCGCCAAUACGCUGACUGUCUGACUAAAGCGAUAGAAGAUGUUCUUUACCAGUGCUUCAAGCAGCACGGCAGGCUCAACGUAAAGCAGUCUCGCGAGGAUGCCAGGGAGGAAGAACGUCGCGCACUUCUCCGCAGGGCACAGCGCGAGAGGCGUAGGAUUAGGAUCAAAGCAGCUGAUAAGUCAACACAUUUUGUUUCCGAUGUGAAGAACACAGUUGCAUGA